CAAGUUCCCUCCAAGGUGGAACUGGGCUGGGUAUAAAUCAACAAAUGUGUAGAUCAGCAACCAACUCGUCAUCGGUGAGGAUCGAUGCCCUCUGGUACUACAAUUGAGACUGUAUCGUGGGACUAGCGGAUCAAUCGAUACAGGAGCAUACAGGAGCUUGCAAGAAUCAUUAAAGUUCAAGUUCCGAACAUUCCAAUCCGAACAAGACCAGCAGCGCAGAUCAUCAGUACACCACACUUGAAGUUCAUCAACUUUGUUACAUACCCAGCUGGACUCCCUAAGGCAUCGCCAGUUCCGCCGUGCCAAUUGAGCUCUUCACUGCUUUCGAUCGUCCUAGCAUCUACUCAGAUACACCACCCUGGACCCCCGACGUUUUCCUCGGACGACCGUAUAAAUCCCUAGGAGCACAGCGCAAAGUCUGCCCCUGAAUGCAAGUAGACAGAGUAGCGGAUGGGUGAAAUUGGACCGUCUCCAGGUCGCGAGGCCGAAGGAGCUAUAACUAUUGUAGUAUCGCCACUAAUCACGGUCUUGGCGAUGAUCAUCGGAUGUUCGAUUCUUGAUGACACGGGCGAGAGCGACUACCAUCCGUUAUAUAUUGCUGCUCGGAUGGGCGCCCUGGGCGGCCCGAUUGCUGCCUUAUUUUGCGUCUUGAUCGCCGCCGCGCUUUCCCAAGAAGCUCUGGAAAAUCCGGCCGAACCUAUCGAGGCCAUCCGACUCAUGCGGAAGGUCGAGGGCGUUCGAACGGGCUGGGUCAUCAUCACUCCUUAUAUGAUUGGAAUUGCAGGGGGCCCGAUAGGCUCUGGGAUCUUACGGGCAGCCGAUUUAGCACAUUCUAUCUCACCAAUUUCUGCCGUCAAAGCCACUGCAAUCGGGGGGAUCUUUGCCACGCCGAUUUAUUAUCUUGUUGCUUAUCUGGUGAUGAUAGCCCUCAGGCCCUGUACCUCAGACGAUACCUUAGACGAAAUUGAAACCGAGUCGGCGAUGGCUAGAAGCCGAGCUUCAACCCAAGUCUGAAAGCCUCGAAAGAGAAGCUCGACUUGAAACCUUACCCCUCCCGAUGACCACCCCUAUCUCAAAUGGAUUCCUGAUUGAUUACAUUGUUCAAAGAUUCAAGGCUUCGCAAAUAAGACUUAUCCUCAAAAUUAAUAUUCUUGCUUAAAUAUUCAAAUAUACUCGUCCAUUGACUGUUGAAAGAGCAAAAUCGUGUUGCAUACAUUAGCAUGUAGGUUUAGGAAACGUUUGUACUUGUAUUUUGGCGCCCUGCUUAGCUGGAACGUCCACCCUAUUUAAUAUUCUUUUCAUUUUUUUUUUGCUCAAGGGCCAGCUUUGGAGGGGAUGUAUCAAAUGGAGAACUUGCUGUUGGCCUUAGACAUUGUGUCCAAAAGGUCUUCAAAGCCAUGAACAAUUGAAUCUGGAAUAUUAUGAAUUAACA